GGGGCGGGCGGGGCAGGGACCUGGGCCACCACCCCGCGCCGCGCAGUGCCUUCCCGGAGCGCGUCCUGGUCGCUGAACCUUCCAGAACAGCCGCCACAGCAGCAAUGGCCCCGCCUUGGGUGCCCGCCGUGGGCUUCACCCUGGUGCCCAGCCUGGGGGGCUUCCUGGGCUCGUACUAUGUCCGCGGGGAGGGCCUCCGCUGGUAUGCCAGCCUGCAGAAGCCCUCGUGGCACCCGCCGCGCUGGACGCUGGGCCCCAUCUGGGGCACCCUGUACUCGGCCAUGGGGUAUGGCUCCUACAUGGUCUGGAAAGAGCUGGGGGGCUUCUCGGAGGAGGCCGUGGUUCCCCUGGGACUCUAUGCUGGGCAGCUGGCCUUGAACUGGGCUUGGCCUCCCCUCUUCUUUGGCACCCGACAAAUGGGUUGGGCCCUGGUGGACCUCCUGCUGACGGGUGGGCUGGCAGGAGCCACGGCCGUGGCCUGGCACAGGGUGAGCCCUCCGGCCGCCCGCCUGCUGUACCCGUACCUGGCCUGGCUGGCCUUCGCGGCCGCACUCAACUACUGUGUCUGGCGGGACAACCAGGGCUGGCGUGGUGGCCGUCGGCUCACAGACUGAGAGCCCGGCCCUCUGAGGACCACAGCUGCUGCCCGGCAGGUGCUGUCCGUGGUGGUGACCCUUGUGCUCCCGUGGCCGCGAGGCCUGCAGGUCUGUGGGGUCUCAGCCCGGGGUCACCGCAGCUUCAGAAGUGCCCCCAGGCCGAGCCCCGACCCGGGAACAGCGUCCUGCGCCUUCUGCCCCGCUCCAAGCUCGCUCUCACUCUCGGAACACGGAAUGUUAGCAGCAAAUAAAGUUUCUAACCUCCUGGCA